GGGAGCUGUUUCACAUGCCAUAGUAGUUGUAUAUUUGUCCAUCCAGUCCAUAUUUACACAGAUCUGACACAUAGCACAGCCUUGUCUAGCAGGUGGUGCGUGUCAAGUAACAUCCAGAUGAAUGGCAAGACCCAAGGUUUCCCUGCAGAACAUUGCCCACGGCAUCACACUGCCUCUGCCGACUUUUUAUUAGCACUGAUCACUGUAUUGGUGUCACUGGGGAUGUCAGUGACACCAAGUCAGUUCCCCCCAGUGUCAGAAUGCCCACCGCAGUCCCGCUAUAAGUCACUGAUCGCCGCCAUUAUAUAUACAUUGUAUAAAAAA